ACGCCAUUUUCGAUUUCAAACAAAGCAGUUGAUUCCCAUGUGUCUCACACCCUCCGCCACCGUGUCGCCUCCAUGGGAAGUCAUUGUGCUUGUUGCUCACCGCCUUGACCCCAAAAGCCUAGCCGUAGCCUCCUGCGUGUGCAAGUCAUGGUCCAUUUCCAUGUCCUCCGACGACCUCUGGAAGCCCAUUUGCAACACCCAUUUCCCUUCUAUUUCCAACCUACAUUUCAUCACCGACUUCAUCGUUCCACACCACCGUCUCUACGCCAUUGGCCACGCAGCCGCCAAGCGCCGCGUCCGGACGCCCUGCAAGCCCCGACUUUCCCUCGGCAGCCUCAUCUUCACCGUCAACAUCCUCACCAAAAAGUCUCGCAUUUUGAGCCUCGCCAAACCCUGUGAAGAACUGCUCGUUGACCCAAAUGGGGUCUUCAAGUUCGAUAUCGAUGUGAACUACGAGCGUUCCUCGGCGUUCGAGGCUUUGGAGGGUGUAAAAAUUACGUGGAACGUGGUUUUGAGAGGGUGGAGAGGGGUUUUUACGAUGAUGGAUUGCGAGGGGACGGUGAGCUUAUCUCCGGGGUCCGAGGGGUGGUUCUCGGAUGAGCUACCGUCAACGGGCUGUUGCUCUAGCGCGGCGGCGAGCGGUAUCGUGGCGGAUUUGAAGAUGGGGUUUUGUGGGAGGAGGGAGAGUAGUGGUGGUGUUGGGAAGGUAAAGGCGAGGAAGGUGAGUGUGGGGAUUUUGAGUAUUGUGAAUUGGAGGUAUGUAAGCGUGGAUGAUGGUCUAAGGUACCUCCAGCAUUUUCUUCUUCCUUGUGAUGUGUAAUGUAACCAAGCACGUUGAAUGAUUUGAAGCACUUUUUUUUUUUUGGAACGAAAGGAAAUUACUCGGUGCCAUGCUCGGUCCAUUUG